UGCCGGGAGAGGAGAGGAGUGGGCAGCCCCGGCCUGGCAGGCCUGGCAGGACUGGCCGGGCGGCGGCCAUGGAGGCGCUCAUCCCCGUCAUCAACAAGCUGCAGGACGUCUUCAACACAGUGGGCGCCGACAUCAUCCAGCUGCCGCAGAUCGUCGUGGUGGGCACGCAGAGUAGCGGCAAGAGCUCAGUGCUGGAGAGUCUAGUGGGCAGGGACCUGCUCCCGCGUGGCACCGGAGUGGUCACCCGCCGACCCCUCAUCCUGCAGCUGGUCCACGUCUCCCCCGAGGACAGGCGGAAAACGUCGGCAGAAGAAAAUGACCCUGCCUCAUGGAAAAACGCAAGACAGCUUUCUAAAGGUGUUGAAGCAGAAGAAUGGGGUAAAUUUCUUCACACAAAAAACAAGCUUUACACUGACUUCGAUGAAAUUCGACUAGAAAUUGAAAAUGAAACAGAGAGGAUUUCAGGAAAUAAUAAGGGGGUGAGUCCCGAACCUAUUCAUCUUAAGAUUUUUUCACCCAAUGUUGUCAACCUGACUCUUGUGGAUUUGCCAGGCAUGACAAAGGUACCUGUCGGUGAUCAACCCAAGGACAUCGAACUUCAGAUAAGAGAAUUGAUCCUUCGUUUCAUCAGUAACCCAAAUUCAAUUAUUCUGGCCGUCACUGCAGCCAACACAGAUAUGGCAACAUCUGAGGCUCUGAAAAUUGCCAGGGAGGUAGACCCGGAUGGUCGCCGAACCUUAGCUGUUAUCACUAAGCUAGACCUGAUGGAUGCUGGGACUGAUGCCAUGGAUGUCUUGAUGGGAAGAGUCAUACCGGUUAAACUUGGAAUUAUCGGCGUGGUGAACAGGAGCCAGCUAGAUAUUAACAAUAAGAAGAGCGUUGCCGAUUCCAUCCGGGAUGAAUAUGCAUUUCUUCAAAAGAAAUAUCCAUCUCUAGCCAAUAGGAAUGGAACAAAAUACCUUGCCAGGACACUGAACAGGUUAUUGAUGCAUCAUAUCCGGGAUUGCUUGCCAGAACUGAAAACAAGAAUAAAUGUUCUAGCUGCUCAGUAUCAGUCUCUUCUAAACAGCUACGGCGAGCCAGUAGAUGACAAGAGUGCAACUUUACUUCAGCUUAUUACCAAAUUCGCCACAGAAUAUUGCAACACUAUAGAAGGAACGGCAAAAUACAUAGAAACGUCUGAACUAUGCGGCGGUGCUAGAAUAUGUUAUAUUUUCCACGAGACCUUCGGGCGAACACUAGAAUCAGUUGACCCACUUGGUGGCCUUAACACUAUUGAUAUUUUGACCGCCAUCAGAAAUGCCACCGGUCCUCGUCCGGCCUUGUUCGUGCCCGAGGUCUCAUUUGAAUUACUGGUCAAGCGGCAAAUCAAACGCCUUGAAGAACCCAGUUUACGCUGCGUGGAGCUGGUUCAUGAGGAAAUGCAAAGGAUUAUCCAGCACUGUAGCAAUUACAGUACCCAGGAAUUGCUGAGGUUUCCUAAACUGCAUGAUGCCAUAGUUGAAGUGGUGACUUGUCUUCUGCGUAGGAGGUUACCAGUUACAAAUGAAAUGGUUCAUAAUUUGGUAGCGAUUGAAUUAGCUUACAUCAACACCAAGCAUCCGGACUUCGCCGAUGCCUGUGGACUGAUGAAUAACAACAUAGAGGAGCAAAGGCGAAACAGGAUAGCCAGAGACCUGCCUUCAGCUGUACCAAGGGAUAAGGCUCCUGGGACUAUGGGGUCCGCCUCCCCAGAGCUCGCUGCUGCUGCUUCGGCUGAGCCUGACGGCAAGGUUGCUCCUGGAAGUGGUGUAGGAGAUGGAAUCCAAGAAUCAGGAACGGGAAACUGGAGAGGAAUGUUGAAAACCUCAAAAGCUGAAGAGCUGUUGGCCGAAGAAAAAUCCAAACCCGUUCCCAUUAUCCCCGCCAGUCCACAGAAAGGCCACGCUGUCAACUUGCUGGAUGUGCCUGUGCCGGUCGCAAGGAAACUGUCUGCUCGGGAGCAACGAGACUGUGAGGUGAUUGAGAGACUCAUCAAAUCCUACUUUCUUAUUGUCAGGAAGAACAUUCAAGACAGCGUGCCGAAGGCGGUGAUGCAUUUCUUGGUGAAUCACGUGAAGGACACCCUCCAGAGUGAGCUGGUGGGCCAGCUGUACAAAUCGCUCUUGCUGGAUGACCUUCUAACCGAAUCCGAAGACAUGGCCCAGCGCAGAAAGGAAGCGGCUGACAUGUUGAAGGCUUUACAGAGAGCCAGUCAGAUAAUCGCCGAGAUCCGAGAGACACACCUCUGGUGAAGAACCGAAACCGUCCCGUCGGGCGGACGAGGGUCCCGAUGACUUGAAAGUCGCUAGUUGCUGCCUGUGUGCUAGGAUUUUAUUUAUGAACUCUCGCUGUGUGUUGCAACUCUGUAAAUCCGCUCAAGUGAAGACCGCCUGGCUUUCGGACGGGAAGCGCGCCGUCAAGCCACGCGUUUAAUCCGCGCGAUGAAUACGAAUGGCUGUUCCCCUGAAAGUUUCCCCGUCCGUAUUAUAUAAAACGUACCGAGUCAUCCCGGAAAUGGUAUCGUUUGAACCCGGGGAAGAACCGGAACGAUCUAGUAGCUGGUGUCCCUCACCGGUUUUGCCCGUGGAUGAGAUGAACGCUGCGGUCGCGUUAAACAGAUCCCGGCUGCCGCCGUAGCCCUUAGAGGAAGAGAGGUCGAGACGUGAUUUCACGCUACUAUAAUGCAUGCACUAUUAUAAACCGAGUUGGCUUCGAGAGCCGAAGUUGCUAAGAGAGUUCCCUAUAUGACUGCGUCGGUGUGUAUUCCACAUUUCUUUUGGAGUAUUUUUUUUCCCCCCUCCCCUCAACAGGCUUCUCUCUCUCAGCUGGAUGUGUUCCCUUUCCGUGGCUUCAGGGGCGAUAAUCGGCGACUGCAUCUGUAGCUCUUCCUCCACCCCCUCACCGCUUCACGGUCGGAAGCCGCCGAUUCCCGUGUUCGGAAAUCGGGUUCCAUUCCGAGAUUGUAGUUUAUGUGCCCGCAGCUUUCUUCGGCUCGGUCACCGCUUUCGGUUUUCUGUCCGGUUUGGCCUCUCCUUCCUUCUCGGGCUGGGACGUGCAAAUGAAGGUCAAGCACAACCUAGUAAGGAACUGAAGCCUAACUUUUCAGGAAGUCCGAUACCCACCGCCUUGUCGUCGCUGGAUUUACGGGCAAGAACCCUUUGCCCGGGUUUCUUUUACAGGAGCGAUGCAUAUUUUUACAAUUCGAAUACUGUUUCCCCCAGAAUAAGAGGGGCUGUCACCUCCUGUUUUCAAGCUGUUGGCAGUGGAAGCGAUUUCUUCUCAUUGCACUAUGCCCGCCCCACACUAAGAAUAUAAAUUAAGUGGGGGGUUGGAAGAAAUGGUUCUGGAAAUCGCAGGAGCGAAUAGUUGGGGAAACGAUGAAUUUACAAUCCUUGGCAACUGUCUUACACCACCAAAAGGAUGUGUUGGGGCUGCUGGGGAAAAAAAAAGUCUGAACUAUUUUAGCUCAGGUCUCAGAUAAGGUUGUCUCUAAGUAAGGAAGUUUUAGAACUGGGUUUUGAUCGUGUAAAGCCGAGAGUAGUAGUCCCUGCUAAAUCUGAAUAUUUCCUUUUUUCCUUUAUACACAAAAUGGGUUAGUGGGUUUCUUGUCCCCCUACAUCUCACGCUAUUCUCGGCAAAAGUACGUGUUUUUAGUAUCUGCAUUCCUUACUCCCCUUUCUCCUGCGCCCUCUUAAAAAAAAGAUAUAAUUGCACGAAUCUUCUGGGAGAGAGAGAAACCGUGGUUUGCUGCCUCUAAACGGAGUGACGAUCAGAGAUGUAGAGAUGAUUUCUGAUAUUAGUGCCUGAUGUCUGUCUGGUGUUGUUGCUAUUGUAAAUAAAAUUACUGGCGUGAAAGACUUCAUCACAGUUAAGUCAAUAAACAGGUUCUUUUUCUCAUA